AGUAGGUAUCUUCUAUAGACUAAUAUCCACCGUUCAUUUUAAUCAGACGGCUCAAAAUCGAUGUACCCUUAGGUUCAUUGGUAAUCCACACGACACCCACUAACUCUCCCCGUUUUCUUCCUCCUCCGGCCCUCUGCAACUUCGCCGGUGCCCAAAACGCUGCAAAUUCCUUCCAAACGCCAUCGUUUUUAUUGUGAAGAACUCUCUUGAAGCUUUCCAGGCCGGAAGUAGCUUUAUCGCAAAUUGUUUGAGAUCCGUUUGGCCUUAAUUCUCUCUCCUCUGAUCAUAGGUCGUUACAUAGUUAUAGAUGGCAUCUUCAAGGAUAUGAACUGGAGUACCUUGAUGGAUGUAAUUCAUUUUCCUAAAGUGGUUUACAUGUUCCGGGAUGGAUGUUGAAGAAGGGAACAUGCACCAGCAAGGUGGUAUAACUGAUGACGGUGAUGAUGAACCCAGUGAGAGUGGAGAAGUAAAUGUAAAUGGAAGAUCAAAUGCACCUGAUGGGGAUAACAUUGUUGAGCCGCAAAUGGGUAUGGUAUUUCUUUCUGGAGAUCAAGCAAAGAAAUUCUAUGAUGAGUAUGCUAGGCGUUUGGGUUUUACCACCCGUGUCUGUCAGUUUAAUCGACUGAAGACUGAUUUCUUAUGUGACAAGGUUGGUUUGAGAAGAGUGUUGGGUGAAUCCUGUGAUGCAAUGCUUAGAGUGGAGUUAAAAGGUCAAAACAAGUGGGUUGUGACCAAAUAUGUGAAGGACCACAGUCACUCCCUUGUGUAUCCCAACAAGGUGCAUCAUCAGAGAUCGCACAAGAAUUUUGCGGUGACAAAAAAGAAGGUACCUGAGAAUAAUCAGGGUGUUGGAAUUGUUCCUAGUGGUGUAAUGUAUGUCUCAGUAGACGGUAACCGCAUCCCUGUAGAGAUGAACCAUGGAGCUAAGAGAACUCGUCCUGAAGAGUCAGAUCAAACUGUUAAGAAUUCUACACUUCAGAGUUUUUCUCCUAGACAUUGCAAUCAACGAAGAACAUUAGGGAGAGAUGCUCAGAAUCUUCUUGAUUACUUCAAGAAAAUGCAGGCUGGGAAUCCUGGAUUUUACUAUGCCAUACAAUUGGACGAAGAUAAUCGCAUGUCUAAUGUAUUUUGGGCUGAUGCAAGGUCAAGAAAUGCAUACAGUCAUUUUGGUGAUGCCGUUAUACUGGACACGAUGUACAGAGUUAAUCAGUGCAGAGUCCCAUUUACUCCGCUCACAGGAGUAAAUCAUCAUGGUCAGACAAUUUUGUUUGGUUGUGCACUUCUUCUAGAUGAGUCUGAGGCUACAUUUGUCUGGCUAUUCAAGACCUUCCUUGCCGCUAUGAAUGACCGUGCCCCUGUCUCAUUAAUUACUGAUCAGGACACUGUUAUACAAUCUGCAGUUGCUCAAGUUUUUCCUGAAACACGGCACUGUAUCAACAAGUGGCAUGUAUUAAGGGGUGGCCAGGACAGAAUGGCUCAUGUAUGUCACAUGUUCCCAAAUUUCCAGGUUGAACUCUAUAAUUGUAUCAAUUUGACAGAGACAGUUGAAGAAUUUGAAUCGUAUUGGGAGAUGAUCCUUGAUAAGUAUGACCUGAAGAAGAAUGAUUGGCUUCAAUCCAUAUAUAAUACACGUCGACAGUGGGUACCAGUUUAUUUUCGUGAUACUUUCUUUGCAGCCGUUUCUCCUAACCAGGAAUAUGAAUGUUCAUUUUUCGAUGGCUAUGUGAGUCAACAGAUUACAUUGCCAUUGUUCUUCAGGCAGUAUGAAAGAGCUUUGGAGAAUUCAUUUGAGAAGGAAACAGAAGCUGAUUUUGAUACAAUAUGCACCACUCCACCACUAAAGACACCAUCUCCAAUGGAGAAACAGGCAGCAACUUUAUACACCAAGAAAAUAUUCUUAAAAUUUCAAGAAGAGUUGGUGGAGACAUUUGUCUACACUGCAAACAGAAUUGAUGGAGAUGCGGUUAUCAGCACAUUCAGAGUUGCAAAAUUUGAGGAUGACCAGAAAGCAUACCUUGUCUCAUUGAAUAUAUCUGAACUGAAAGCAAAUUGUAGCUGCCAGAUGUUUGAAUGUAGUGGUAUCCUCUGUAGACAUAUUCUUACAGUUUUUACAGUAACUAAUAUUCUUACAUUGCCAUCUCAUUACAUCUUGAAAAGGUGGACAAUAAAUGCAAAAUGUGGUGCUGAAUUAGAUGAACAUGUACAACUUCAUGGUACUGAAUCAAUGGCACAGAGAUACAACAGUCUCUGCAAGGAAGCCAUAAGAUGUGCUGAAGAAGGGGCUGUAUCUCAAGAGACAUAUAAUGCUGCAUUAGGUGCUCUUAAAGAAGGAGGAAAGAAGGUGGCUCUUGCAAAAAGAAAUGUUUCUAAAGUUUCACCUCCUAGAUCACAAGCCAGUUGUGUUGGCUAUGAUGAUCGGAGGACAUCUACCUCUGCUUCAGAAAUGACACCAUUAUUGUGGCCAAGACAAGAUGAAAUGACAAAGCGCUUUAAUCUUAAUGAUACUGGUAGUCCUGCUUGGGCUGUUACUGAUUUAAAUCCCCAGCGCAUGGCCCCUGUUUCUCUUCACCGUGAUGAUGGUCAUGCAGAUAACAUGGUGAUUCUUCCUUGCCUCAAGUCAAUGACUUGGGUGAUGGAGAAUAAAACUUCGGCACCUGCGAAUAGAGUUGCUGUCAUCAACCUGAAGCUGCAAGAUUACAGUAGGACUCCUUCACGAGAAUCAGAAGUUAAGUUUCAGUUAUCCCAGGUCACACUAGAGCCCAUGUUGAAGUCUAUGGCUUAUAUCAGUGAGCAACUUUCCGCCCCGGCUAAUAGGGUUGCUGUCAUCAAUCUGAAGCUUCAAGAUACUGAAACAACUUCAGGAGAGUCAGAGGUGAAAUUUCAGGUUUCUAGAGAUACUUUAGGUGCCAUGUUGAGGUCAAUGGCAUAUAUCCGCGAGCAACUGUCGAAUACAGUUGAGUCGCAACUGGAGAUUCCAGCAAAAAAGCAACGGAAAUAGAAGUUAUGUCCUUUUACCAUUUAUAGCCAGUUGUGUGAAUAGAUAACCUUGCGGAAUGGGGUGCUGCUGCUGUGCUGACAUUCUUCUUUAAACAUGUAAUUAGUAUGGUUGAAUUUGGAAUCAUCCAAGUUCUCAUUGUGGAGCUUUAGGUAGGAUAGCAGUUUUACAUGCUUUGCCUUUUCUGCAUUAUUUGUACGUGUAAAUUAUUAAUUUUAUAAGAAUGCAAGGUCAUGUGUUUUUUUU